AUGCGCUUCUUCCGUUCUCUCGCCGUCGGCAGCCUGCUCUGCGGCUUUGCGACUGCCCAGUUCCCGUCCACGUCGGUGAACCUCACCACCAUCACCUCGCCCGUCGACGGCAACAUCACCGUCAGCUACAAGAUCCCCAAGGGUGCCUGCAAAACGGCCUACGAGAACCAGCAGCAGUACACAGGAUGGGUCAGCGUUCCGGGGCCGUUCCCGGCCAACAUGUUCUUCUGGUUCGUCGGCGCCCGCGAGCCCACUGACACCAUGACGAUUUGGCUCAACGGAGGGCCCGGCGUGAGCUCUCUGUUCGGCAUGUUUACAGAGGUGGGACCCUGCGAGGUUGUCGAGAAGGGCCUGGACAAGUACGACACAAUUGCGCGGGAAUGGGGCUGGGACCGCGCCUCCAACAUGUUGUUCAUCGACCAGCCCAACCAAGUCGGUUUCUCCUACGACAUCGCCACCAAUGGCUCGAUGGACCUGUUCACUGCCAAUCAGUCCACCCCGCCACAGCCUGUGCCGAGCGGACAGAACCCGGCGACAUUCCUCAACGGCACAUUCAGCUCGCUGAACACGAACAACACAGCAAACACCACCGAGACGGCCGCGAUGGCGAUAUGGCACAUGCUGCAGGGCUUCCUCGGCGCUUUCCCUCAGUACAACCCGCCAAACAACAGCGCGCUCGGCAUCAACCUCUUUGCGGAAAGCUACGGUGGAAAGUACGGGCCGGUCUUUUCAGACGUCUGGGAGGAACAGAACGACAAGCGCGCGAACGGGACGCUGUCCGCUAACAAGACGCUCGAGAUCCAUCUGACGUCUCUCGGCAUCGUCAACGGCUGCAUCGACGACCAGAUCCAGCAAGAGUACUACCCCCAAAUGGCUAUUAACAACACGUACGGCUUCAAAGCCAUGAACGAUGUCCGCGCCAGCCUGGCCAACGGUAGUCUCUAUACGAACGAUGGCUGCCUGGACCUCAUCCGGCAGUGCCGCACGGCUAACUCUGUCUACGAUGCCAACAACACUGGCGCAGUGAGGGAGGUGAAUGACCUGUGUUCAAACGCAUACAAUACUUGCUUCACGAACGUCAUGCUGCCGUACGCGGAGGCGGGCAGAAGCUGGUAUGACAUUGCUCGCGAGAACCCAGACUCCUUCCCCCCGAGCACAUACCUCGAGUACGUGAACACGGCAGGGUUCCAGCAAGCCAUUGGCUCCGUCGUCAACUUCACCAUGACCAGCCAGGCGGUCUACAGCAGCUUUAGUGACACUGGCGAUUAUAUGAGAGGUCCCCUGAUCCCGAAGCUGGCUGAUCUCCUGAAGCGAGGCAUCCGCGUUGCGUUAAUCUACGGCGACCGCGACUACAUUUGCAACUGGCUGGGCGGGCAGGCUGCGUCUCUCAACCUCGCCUGGCAGGCCGGGACCACGUACGGGCAGAAGUUUAGUUCCGCUGGCUACGCCCCCAUCAUCGUCAACGAUUCCUACAUUGGCGGUGUUGUUCGGCAGUUUGGCAAUUUAUCGUUCAGUCGCAUCUAUCAGGCCGGCCACUCCGUCCCGGCAUACCAGCCGGAAACGGCGUUCCAGGUGUUUGCGCGCGUCAUCCUCGGCACGUCCGUGUCGACGGGCGACCAGGUCAACCUGACCACCUACAACACCACGGGAGACUCUGAGGCUACGCACACGGACAAGCUGCCCGACUCGCCAAAGCCGACAUGCUGGAUCCGCUAUAUGGAGUCCUCCUGCUCCAGCGACCAGAAGAAGAUGCUGCGAGAAGGGGAGGGCACCAUCAUCAACGGCGUGCUCUACAGCGCGGAGAGCGACUGGCCCCUGGCCACGAAGGCGCCCACGUCGACACAGCCUGCCGCUUCGUCUUCCACGACGGUCCUGACGGGCGUGUUCACGGCCACGUCGACACCCAAGAGCAGCGGUGCCAUGCACGACCCGCGCGACUCGUUUGCUGCCUUGGUGGCAUUCUUUGCUGGCGCCGUGUUACUCGGAACGGGAAGCAUUUAG